AUGUGUAGCAAUAUGCCUUACAUCAAAGAACUUGACCUCUCCAAGAAUCUACUUGAAGGGAAUAUUCCACCAAAUAUUUGGAAAUGCAAACAUCUUGAGAUGUUGGGAUUAGCGUACAACAAUUUCGGAGGCAACAUCCCUUCUGCAAUUGGAAAUGUGAGCACGCUUCUAGGAGUGGAGUUGUCCUACAAUCACUUAACCGGUGAACUGCCACAAGAGAUUGGCAAUCUACCAAAACUCCAAUAUCUGAAUUUGUUCAACAAUUCGUUAUAUGGAUCCAUCCCUUCUUCCAUAUUCAACAUAUCGACAUUGUUAACCGUAGGAGCUUCAAACAAUGAUUUCUCAGGUGCUCUUCCUUCAGAUUUAGGGAAUUCACUUGUCGAUUUUCAAAUGCUUCUAUUGGCUAAUAACAAACUUAGUGGCCCAAUUCCAAGCUCCAUGACCAAUGCUUCUAAACUAAGCUUCUUGGAGAUUUCUGAAAACUCAUUUAGCGGAUAUAUACCCUAUUUUGGUAAUUUGAAGUUUCUAGAAGCACUUCUUUUGUCAAACAAUAAUUUGAGUGGAGCAGAAUUCCCAACUCUUGAAUUGAGAUUUCUCUCUUCAUUGAGUAAUUGUCGGCAUUUGCGGUACUUAGAAGUGUCAGGCAAUCCACUGAAUGGCAUCCUACCCGCUUCACUUGGGAAUUUUUCCUCAUCUCUUGAGAAUUUUGAUGCAUCAAACUGCAACAUCAUGAGUGUCAUUCCCUUUCAAAUAGGAAACUUAGGCAGUUUACUAUUAAUAGAUUUGGCUAUGAAUCAGUUGCGUGGGCUCAUUCCACCAACAAUUGGGAAACUGAAGCAACUCCAAAGACUAUAUCUUGGUGGCAAUCAAUUGGUAGGGUCUAUCCCUAACCAACUUUGCCAAAUGAAUCAUUUGGGGGAGUUGAGCCUUGCUGGCUCUAACAAAUUGAAUUCAACCAUUCCUCCUAGCUUGUGGAAUCUCACAGACCUUUUGACUUUGAGCUUGCCCUUUAAUCGUUUGAGCGGUAAAUUGUCAUCUCAGCUUGGAAAUUUAAAGUUGAUAAACUCUUUGGAUUUGUCAUCCAAUCAAUUUUCAGAUGAUAUUCCCAGCUCGAUUGAUGGUUGCCAAAUGCUAACAUUUCUUAACUUAUCAAAUAAUUUGUUUAGUGGAUCCAUUCCUCAAUCAUUGGGAAGGGUUAAGGAUUUGAUUACGUUGGAUUUUUCUUGCAAUAAUCUCACUGGAUCAAUACCUCUGUCCUUAGAAAACCUCCGCUUACUUGAAAAUUUUAAUGUCUCCGACAACAAAUUGGAGGGGAAAAUUCCAGAUGGUGGUUGUUUUCGUAACUUCAGUGCUCUAUCCUUUUCCCACAACUUAGCUCUUUGUGGUCCAAAAACAUUUCAAGUUCCACCCUGCCCAGAAAAUCAUCAUAGAUCAUGGUUAAAGAAACUUAUGGUGUCAUUAGUGAUUUUAGCAGUCAUCGUGGUGAUUGUGACGCUUGUUCUCAUCUGGAUGCGUAAAAAGAAAAAAAUAGCUCUCUCCACUGAUAUUUCACCACCAACGUUUGAGUGCAGAAGAAUUUCUUACAUUGAACUUGAACGGGGAACAAGUUCAUUUAGUGAAACCAACCUACUUGGAAGAGGUAGUUUUGGUUCUGUAUUCGAAGCAACACUUUCAGAUGGGUUGAAAGUUGCAGUAAAAGUGUUCAACAUGGGACUGCAAGAGGCAUUAAGGAGCUUUAAUUUGAAGCUACUAUAUUGA